CCGGGAAGUUGAUCUGAGCAGUAAAAUUGAUCAAACCAACUAUAAACAUUAGGAGUCAAGUUGUGAGAACAAGUGGUACAGGUCUAGCUAGGAACAAAGGAAUCUUUUCCAGGCAAAGUAGGCUGUUUGGCCGUGCAUCUCUAGUUCUAGGAUGCGCAACACCCUCGAAAGUGCUUCGAAGGGCAAGCGUUAGUAGUUCACUAUCUUACAAUACUACCUAGCAUUCACUCUAUGUAUGACAUCCAUCAGAGGAACACUAUUUUCCUGACUAAGGUCGUGUUUUUACAUUUCGAUUCCAAUGGCAACUAGCCCGAGACAAGCUCCAGGGCAUAAAAUUUCACUCAACGAGUUUCGGUCUGGCUACCCCCAAUAUGCAGCUCUCCUCAGCAGUCACCCGUCUUUUCACAACUUCCGUCGAUUUUGCAGAGUUCGCAUGCGCCUUCUUCUUGCCAAGCAAGAUGAGGUUGCUGCACUUGAGAGCUCCCUGGAUCGUAUAGAUGAAAAUGAAAACCGGGCUCUUUUUCUUGGCUGUUUACGCCGGGAUGCCAAUCAAGAAAGACAGCAGGCAUUGCAACAACUCAUGUUGACGCUUGCUGAGUACGAUAAAAUGUUAGAAAACAGUCGCCGAGUUUUAUCGAUGCCAGACCCACCGUAUCGGGAGAUCCAAAACUUAAAGAAUUGGGUUGACGGCACUGCUUGUCUCAGUCGUCAUGAAACAGAAUAUCUAGAAAUAGGCCACGACCUUGCCAAUUUGAGUGGAACCGAGGAUAGUGCCAUAACGUCCAUGGAGUCGGUUGUAGAGGAUUGCAAGUUUUGGCUCGAUCAUCUCAUUAGAAAGUUCGCCCCAAACUCCACCCAGAUGACGACGCAAUCCGAGAAUAUUCUCAUUCUUAACCCUCAAUUACAAAGACUUAGCCGAGCUGUGACCAUUGGAUUCGCGACAAUUACUAUCCUAGCUCCAACAUUGGUACUGCCGAAUAUUUCUAGCAUGGGGGGACGUAUGGUUAUGAACGUCAUUUCAACAGCGAUUCUUCUCUCCGUGAUAUCCUUCUUUACAAGAGCAAGAACAGUUGAAGUGUUUGCCUCAGGAGCAAGUUAUGCUGCCGUCUUAGUUGCCUUUACCGCCAGUAAUAUUAACACUAGUGGUUGUUGUCCGUAGUGGUAGAUUCCCCAAUAUUCUAGUUGAUCUGGUUAUAAGAGAGGUGUGAGGACCUGGGUACCUAGGUAGCGAUGUCAGAGAUUGGUAGACACAAUGUGGCACAUGCUGGCUAUGGAACAAAUGGGUAGUUAACAUGUAAGGAACUGCAUCCCAGAUGGCUGCAGUUCUGGUUUAUG